GCAUAAACGUCGAAUCACAAAAUAUUUUCCAUAUUUUCUUUCUGCACAUUAAUAACCCAAUAAGUCACAGAAAAUGUCCGAUUCACCAAACGAACGCAAUUCGAACUCCAAGUCGAAUCUCAUUGAGGUGCAACAUGUUGGCGUUACAGCUAAACUUCAAUCGCCGCUCAAGAAUCUGCUGCAGUCAUCAUCUUCCUCGACAGAGACUGAAAAUGGUCUGCUCUUCAACGAGCGUCAUGGCCACAAACACAAGUACAACAAAUUCUCCAAUGACACCCAAGCUGACACGGAAACGGGCACCGAGAAGCCAUCCAAAGUAUUGUACGAAAUGCGCGCUGUCCGUGAAACAUCCACAGCUCAUCCGGGCAAACGCAAUGCGACGCCUUCGAAAAUCGAAUUCCAACUAUAUAAGACGGCUUCAAGACGUGCGCGUCGCACGAAAAGUACGCACGCAACUGGCGUGCAAUGCAGCGAAAAGAAAAGCAAGCGCAAACUUUUCGCCGAACGACAGAGUGUCAGCGCCAAGAAAGCAGCUAGUUGUUGCACUUGCUACGCUUACAGCCCACACACCAAAGAGAACACAAUCUUCCAGCGACUGCGGAAAUCGCUAGAUAACAUGCGGACAGCGCGGCCGCACAUCUCUAAACCGAAAGCGCCCAAAUGCAGUGAAAUUUUCAUUGAUCUACCCGAACCUUGCACCAGCAAUACGCAACAGCGCACGAAGGCGGACGAGGGUAAGCAACCAGAGCGGGAUGUCACACCACCGCCAGCGCGUGAGACGCGCAUUGGCAUCUAUCCCUUCGAACAUGGCUGUGCGGAAUAUUUACGCACAACUGAUUGUCAUCCACAGAUACUGUCCGUAGUGCUGGCCGAACGUGCCACCUACUAUGCGACGCGCUUUUGGGCGGAAUUCUUCGGAAGUUUACACAUAGGUGUCACUUUUGUGGUCACUUUUCUGCUGCAGGCAUAUCGUUUUGUGCUCUACUCGCUUGUGAAUACGCUGGUGGUGGGAUUUCUGCAUAUGACUUCAGAUUAUUUGAUCAAACCGAUUUUGACAGUAUUCUUCAAUGGGUUUCUACAGCCGCCACUUAUACUUGUUUACAAUAUCUUGACAUCCAUUCGUGAUAUCCUGGAGCCUGUGGCUGAUACAAUCAAUAAUUUCAUGCGGCCAGUGGCAACGGUGGGGAAGAGUUUACGCCUGGUGCAUGCCAACUACAAUACUAAGAAGUUUGAGAAGGAGGUUUGA